GGCUCGUGCGCCAAGCUUGCUCACGGGUUUUGCUGUGGCGCUAAUCUCUAUGCUGACAGGGGCAGCAUGCGUGCACGCGAUAUAUAAGCCCUCUCUGUGCAUCCCCGUCAAGGGGAGCUCUGAGAGCGAUUAGGCCGGGGUUCAGCGCCGUGGAAGCUUUGCGCCGCGGUCAUGUCGGCUCCGAGCAGCAGGGCCCACUGUGAAUCUACUCUAUUUGAGUCGUAUGCAGCGGCGUGCCGCACCGGGGCAGAAGUGGAGGGCGGUGACGGCGGUGACGGCGCCGCCUUCGAGGAGGGUGUGGAGCGAGUGAAGGAGCACCUGCUAUCUGCGUCUGGGGAUGGCGCCAUCUGCAUGGUCUGCCUGGAAAACAUCCGCCCAACGGAUUCGGUGUGGAGCUGCCAGGACGGCUGCUAUGCGGUCCUGCACCUGCCCUGUGUCCAGUCGUGGGCACGGCGCACGCUAGCGAUGGUCCAAGAGAAAGCUGAACAGCGCCUGGAUCCACGACUGUUCCCUGCCGCAGCAGCAGAGGCUCGGAGGACUGCCGCCUGGGGCUGUCCCAAGUGCCGGCAGGAUUAUGAGGCGGUACCAGGGGGCUAUACCUGCUGGUGUGGCAAGGUUGCCAACCCAGAUUUCAACCCUUGGGGCACGGCACACAGCUGUGGCGAGCACUGUGAGCGGCCGGCACCCAGCUGCGAACACCCCUGCAUGCUGCUCUGCCACCCAGGGCCCUGCCCUCCCUGCCCCCGUGUUAUCUCCACCAGCUGCUUCUGCGGGGCGCUGGUGACGGACAAGCGAUGUGGGCAUCACGAGUUUAGCUGCGGCGGCACCUGUUAUGCACUGCUGCCGUGCGGCCACACCUGCCCCGCGAUAUGUCACGACGGCGGCUGCCCGCCCUGUGGGGAGUUGGUUUCAACUGUCAGCUGCCUGUGCGGCGCGGAGGUGGCGCAGCUGCCAUGCAGUCAGCAGGAGCUUUUCAAGUGCCCCCGCGUCUGUGGCAAACUGCUGGAUUGUGGGCGUCACCACUGCGAGGAGGUGUGCCAUGCUGGCACCUGUGGCCCGUGCAAGCUGGCAGGCCCGAAGGCCUGCCCAUGUGCAAAGACGCAGUUGGCGGAUGCGGCCUGCGAUGUGGUGGUGGGACCCUGCGGGGAGACGUGUGGCAAGCUGCUGAUCUGCGGCGUGCACACCUGCCACGAGAGAUGCCACGCAGGCCCCUGCACAACUGUUUGCCGUGAGCAGGUGAAGAAGCGAUGCGAGUGUGGGCAAACAGAACGCGUCGUCCAGUGCCACGAGAGUUUCAAGUGCGAGCGGCGAUGUGAGAAAAUGCGGAGUUGCGAGCGGCAUCCUUGUCGGCGCCGCUGCUGUGUGGCUUGCCCCCCCUGCGAGGAGGUCUGCAAGAGAUGGUUGAAAUGCCGCAACCACAGGUGCCCUGCGCCGUGCCACAGCGGCGAGUGCGCCCCCUGCCCGCUGAGCGCUCGCAUCAGCUGCGCAUGCGGCAAGACGCACUAUAGUGUACCCUGCGGCCGUGAGUCGACAGCCAAGCCGCCGCCAUGCAGGCAACCAUGCCCGGUCCCAUCGCUCUGCCGCCACGCAGCGGCACAGCCACCACACUGCUGCCACUUUGGACCCUGCCCUCCAUGCACAGUGCCAGCAUGCGGCACGCAGCUGGCUUGCGGGCACGCCUGCAGCCUGCUGCACUGCCAUGACCCUCCGCCACCUGCUACCCCAGAGUACCAGCCACCACCGCCGCCAGUGUCGCCUGUGGUUCUGGCGUUGCCAGGCAGCGCCAGCGGCAGCGGCAGCAGCAGCAGCAGCAGCAGCAAGCAACAGCAGCCUGAGCGGCAGUUGCCACCGGCACAAGCCACCGCAGCAGCGGCGCGGCGAUUGCAGAACACGAUGCCACGCACCCCCGAGGGACAAUUGAGCAGCUGCUUGCCGUGCCCCAUCCCCGUGCCGGUCACGUGUUUCGGCGGGCACAUCACAGUUCAGGUUGCCUGCAAUAGCGCUGCACCCUUUGCCUGCCAGCAGCCUUGCGGACGAAAAUUAGAGUGCGGGAAUCAUACCUGCAGUCUUACGUGCCACGACGAUGCGCAGCAGCAAUGUGCAUACUGCACCCUGCCCUGCCAACGCCCACGGGACACCUGCGAGCACGCCUGCCCACUGCCGUGCCACCCGGCCAGCCAAGCCUGCCCGGCGUGCCUGGUUGGCAUAAGGGUGCCAUGCCACUGCGGCAGGACCACUCUUGAGUUUUCCUGCUGUGAGAUAAAUGCGGCCGCGCCUUCAGCUCGCCUCAACUGCGGCAAGACCUGCCACCGGGAGCUGCCUGGCUGCCCGCACACCUGCGAGCUUGAGUGCCAUGCCGGCACCUGCACCAGCGUGGGCUGUGCCAAGGAGGUGACGGUGCGCUGCGCCUGCAAGCGCAACAAGCGCAAGUUGGCGUGCGCAGAGGUGCAGCGCCUGUUGCUGGCGGCGACUGGCAGCGGCACCUAUGAUGACACCACGUCGCUGCGCCUGCUGAUCUGCGAUGAUGGCUGCGCCAAGGCGGCAGCCACGGAGGCUGCGGCGGCACCUGCAGCAGCGAAGGGCAGUGGCGAUGUGCCUGGCGCUCCCCUUACACCGCCGAUGGCAACAAAGGCCAGCACUGCCGCCGCAGAGGCGCCCAAGCGCAAGAUGACCCGCGAAGAGAAGCAGCGUGAGCGGGAGCUGGCGCGCCAGCAGAAGGACGCGGAGGAGCGGCGCAAGCAAAUCGUGCAUGGACUUGUUUUUGGAGUGCUGCUGUGCAUCGCAGUUCUGCUGGCGCUCUUCUUGCGCCACCUGGCGUUGGUCGUGGACCGCAAAGCGCAGGAGGCGUGGCGCCCAGAGCUUUGA